UUUCUAACUCUUUAGCACCCGACACGUGCUGUUGAAACAACAAACAUGUGUGACAAUAAUUUAAUAUCUUUUGAUGAUGCCAAAGAACAAUUAGAUAACUUAAUGAAAUCAUUGUCGAAAUCAGUUCGUCAAAAAUUAUGUUCAUACACUAUACGAAAAUGGAUGUCAACACUAGAAGAUGAAACAGGUUCGUUAAACAAUCAUUCAUUUAAUCAAAAUGACAAUGAUAGUGAUGAUGACAUUCUUGACGAUCCAAUGAAUAUUUUGAAUUCCAUCAUUGCGGAAAUCCGACCUAAAGUACCGAUAAGUGGAAUUUUUCCGUCCGAAACUUUGUUAUUACCAGAGAAAGGAGAGAACUCUAUAGAUCCAAAAAGCGCAGAUUAUGUCGAUGCUUUUCUCUACAGUGAUGAUGAGUUAGAUGAUCUUGAAGAAAAAGGGAUAGCACCAACCCAUUACUGUCAAGAUUGUAAUUCAAAGAAUAUAAAAUCAAUUUCAACGUUUACUCAUUCAUUAAGUAAAGAUGAUUUGUUUUAUAUAUUUGAUACACUCCUUCCAGUUCUUCCUGGAAAAAUAAUUUUAGAUGUUGGAUCACGACUUGGUGCAGUUUUAUACGGUGCUUACGUUUUCACUGACGCAGCAAAAAUAAUUGGUGUUGAAAUGAACAAUGAGUUUUGUCAGCUUCAAAAUGAAAUAAUCAAAAAAUUUAAAAUGGAAAAGCGUAUUAAAGUAUUUCAUAAACGAAUCGAAGAUUGUGUUGACAUUGUGAAGACUGCAGAUGUUGUGAUAUUGAAUAACGCGUUUGAGUUUUUUUUACCAGAAAAUGAACAAGCAAAGGUUUGGAAUUUUUUGAGACAACAUAUUAAAAAAGACGCAUUCAUAGUAACGAAACCUCGUAUCGAUGUCACGUUAAAAAAUUUUGGCAAUGAAGUAAACAUAAAUAUUGAUAAUUGGGUCGAAGUUGUAGAUGCGAAUGAAUUGAACGAGAUCACUUGUUAUAGAGUAUUAUGAACAUUAUAAAAAUUUAAUUCAUCUAUUUUUAUGUUUCUUUUAUUAUCGCUAUUUUAUUUUUAUUAGUUUUUCCCACUUAUUCAAUUAACGACAAGGUCUUGAAUGCUAUAGUGCCGUUAUAACUUUGACAUAUUGUAAUCUCCUGUAAAGUCAAUAAAAACGCGGAAGUCGCAUAAUGAGAGAAACUAUUAUU